GUCACCGGUAUGCAUUGAGGCAGAUACGCAUUUGAUCUAAACCAGGGGGUGAGUAUACACUCUUACCACUAACGUGGAAGGAUUCCCAGAUAUCAUUACACGACGUGCACCGAAGAUUGCAGUACUUCCGGCAGACUUCUGUAGUUGACCUUUGGUGACCACGCCUAUGCGACACGAGACAAUUUGAUCAUAUGGAUCACCUGUAGCAGACCAACAACUCAGUAAUGCCUCUAGUCACCCUAAUCUACCAGGCCAUCCGGUCUAAUGGUCGGUCCGCGGACGGUAACCGGUACGUGUACGACGACAACAUCAUUGACAGGUUGUGCCAUUACCAUACCAACAUGAUUCUUAUGAUGUUUACGGCAAUGGUAGUUACCAAACAUUAUGUCGGCUCGCCUAUCCAGUGUUUUUGCCCCGCACAUUUCACCUCGACAGAGGUCAAAUACACCAAUAGGGUAUGCUGGGUGUCUAACACUUACUACAUACCUUUCUCACGUGAAAUCCCAUCCAACUAUGAAACGCGCAUGUCCACAGAAAUCACUUACUAUCAGUGGGUACCUGUCAUGCUGCUGCUAAUGGCGAUGUUCCUGAAGCUGCCCCGACUAGUCUGGCGACUUGGUGUACAGAUGUCAGGGAUUGGUCUUAAAAACAGUCUCAAACUCACCCACUUGACUCAAGACCUAAGUCCGGAAGAUCGGGAGAAGCGGCUUCGAUCACUGUCUAAAUAUAUCGGACGUUGGGCUAGUAGCAGUGCCAGCCCUUACAGAUCCGGAAUAUGUGGUUCGCUCUGGGAACGGUUUGGAAAUUACUUUUUUCUUGGCUGUGGCCGACAUUACGGGAACUAUUUAGUGAGCUUAGCAAUAAUAAUCAGACUUUUAUACUUCAUCAACAAUGUUGGGCUGUUAUUUUUUUUAAAUGAAUUUCUCGGAAACAAAUUUUAUCUGUUUGGGUACGAAGUUAUAGCGUCUGUUUUCAAAGGAGAGGAAUGGGUCAUGUCACCAAGGUUCCCGCUCGUAACCUUGUGUGACCUUGACCUUCGUCAGAUGACAAAUGUACAAAGAUGGACCCUACAAUGCGUUCUACCUGUUAACUUUUACAAUGAACGAUUUUUCGUGUUUUUAUGGUUUUGGUUUACGAUGCUAGCUGUGUUAAGUUUCAUCAACCUCAUCUCUUUGUUGUUCGCAACUGUUGUCCCGCAGAAUAGAGAAAGCUUCAUAAAGAAAUACUUGUUAUUGAAUAGCUUAGAUCUAUGGGAAAACAAAAGCGCGUUUCCAAAAUUAAUUACAAAAUUUGUGGGUGGUUUUCUAAAACCUGACGGAGUGUAUUUAUUGAAAUUGAUCAGCAGCAAUUCCCAGUCUACUGGAGUGUCCGAUAUCAUCAAGUACCUUUGGGAGGACUUCCGGGAACAGUCGACUAUGACGUGUAAUAGGAGGACAGACCCGAACCGGAAGUACGGCCGAUUUAACGGGGAGACAGUGGUGCCACUUGUGAAUGGAACUAGCACCAUGCACCACCGAAAUAAAGAAUACUUUCUGUGAUGUAAAUGACAAAGUGGAAAUGUGAUCAUGUCACCUAUUCAUGCAUCUCUACAUUGACAUAUUUUUUUCCUAAUUUUGUCGUAUCAAAAUUGAACGUUUAGCCGAAAUAAUUUCUUAAGUCCAUAUUUGCUUCCUCAGGUGUUUUAAAAUAACGACAAGUUUUAAUUUAUCCCCAUUUAUACAAACUGAUACUGCUUACAAUCUGUAUGGGGAGGAUAUAUGCUAAAUGUUCUUUUUUCACGUAACCUAACACUUUUAGCAUUGACCAAUCAGAACUUUAUUCUCUAUUCACCGCAUUCCAAACUGCAGAAUUUUAGUAAAACGGUAGAAAAAGAAGUUCAUUUUGAAAGUGGUACUUAACAACACAAUUGAGAACUUUCUUGUAAGCUUAACAUACCAGAUAAUACCAGAAAACUGUCAAAUUGAGUAACUAGAAAAUGUAGAAUUCAGUAACUAGAAAAUAUAGAAUUGAGUAACUAGAAAAUGUUGAAUUGAGUACCUAGAAUAUAAUUAUGUAGAAUUGAGUAACUAGAAAAUAUGGAAUUGAGUAACUAGAAAAUGUAGAAUUGAGUUAUUAGUGAACGUUGAAUUGAGUCACUAGAAAAUGUUGAAUUGAGUAACUAGAAAAUAUAGAAUUGAGUAACUAGAAAAUAUGGAAUUGAGUAACUAGAAAAUGUAGAAUUGAGUUAUUAUUGAACGUUGAAUUGAGUCACUAGAAAAUGUUGAAUUGAGUAACUAGAAAAUAUAGAAUUGAGUAACUAGAAAAUGUACAAUUGAGUAACUAGAAAAUAUAGAAUUGAGUAACUAGAAAAUGUAAAAUUGAGUAACUAGAAAAUAUUGAAUUGAGUACCUAGAAUAUAAUUAUGUAGAAUUGAGUAACUAGAAAAUAUGGAAUUGAGUAACUAGAAAAUGUAGAAUUGAGUUAUUAGUGAACGUUGAAUUGAGUCACUAGAAAAUGUUGAAUUGAGUAACUAGAAAAUAUAGAAUUGAGUAACUAGAAAAAUUGAGUAACUAGAAAAUAUAGAAUUGAGUAACUAGAAAAUGUACAAUUGAGUAACUAGAAAAUAUAGAAUUGAGUAACUAGAAAAGGUAAAAUUGAGUAACUAGAAAAUAUAGAAUUGAGUAACUAGAAAAAUUGAGUAACUAGAAAAUAUAGAAUUGAGUAACUAGAAAAUGUAGAGAUGAGUAACUAGAAAAUGUAGAAUUGAGUAACUAGAAAAGCUUGGAUUGAGUAACUAGAAAAUGUAGAGAUGAGUAACUAGAAAUGUAGAAUUGAGUAACUAGAAAAUAUAGAAUUGAGUAACUAGAAAAUGUAGAGAUGAGUAGCUAGAAAAUGUAGAAUUGAGUAACUAGAAAAUUUGGAAUUGAGUAACUAGAAAAUGUUGAAUUGAGUACCUAGAAUAUAAUUAUGUAGAAUUGAGUAACUAGAAAAUAUAGAAUUGAGUAACUAGAAAAUGUAGAGAUGAGUA